CCGACAGCCACGAAGCGGAUGGACGAAUACUUGUCGUUAUUGACAGAGGGGAUGGUGCGUAAUGGAGUACUUGUGGGUGAGACAUGGGAAUCUCUGUGCGCGAGGAAAGUGAAGGCGCCCCCAUCAGCAGUAGCCGCGUCAAUCCCUCGGUCGAAGGAGCUGUCGCCGGACGAAGCCCAAGUCGCCAGAACUCUGUAUGCCACGGGCACGUCGUCGUUCUCUUGUGGUUGAUCAUUUCUCAUGCCAAUUCUCAGGCGUGGUCGACAAUCCCGACUUGGAUCUCGACGAUAUCGUGCUGGAGAUGCUGGAGCGCCGCCACGACCGGAUCACAAAGUCGGACGUCGAACGGGCCGACGCACUGCGCCGGUUCGUCCUCCCGACUUCGUCGCCGCCGCCCCUGCUCAAAAUCAAACAGUCAUCCAACAAUUCGCUUGGUCAACCCAUGGUGUUCACGCCUAUCCAAUUUGCCUCAUACUUUGGCGAGACCAACGUUGUCCAUGCCUUGCUUUGCCAGCACCCGUCCCAGGUCGAAGACGGGCUCAUGGAAGCAAGUCGCCAAGGGUAUUUGGCCAUCGUCCAGAUGCUCUUGUCGACUCUACCACUUCUGCGGAAUCCCCAUGCAGUCGGACGGGCGUUUGUGCUGGCCACCACGCACUGCCACGUGGAUGUCAUGGCGCACAUGUAUCCGCAUGUCAACAGCGACCUCCUGUGCAAGGGCGACUGGUGCAGCCGCGACCAGCUUGGUUUGCGGUACAUUGCAGCGGCCGUCCACGCGGCGGUGGAGCAGAACAGCGUGGACGCAUUGACGUGGUUACUGCAGUGGAAUCAUCUCCAUAAGUUCGAGCUCGAACGAGCCUUCAUGGUAGCCAUGCGUCGCGCAACUAGCCAGGCCUCGAACGAAGAGGUUCUUCGACAUCUCCCCCUCCUCUGUGCGUUUGUCCACCACCAGCCGUUCUUGGCGUCGGUCAUGGCUCGAGAUUACAAGGAUUCAGACCAAACCAACGCCCGCCAAGCUAAGGCCGUGACGUCGUACCUAUUGGCCGACCUCCACACCAACAAAGCAAUGUGAUUGUGUUAAUAAUACCACUUAAGUAUAAUGAUGCACCACGAAUUUAAAUGGGA